UUCCCCAAUUUUGGUUCUCCCGUCUCUCUACGCUUCUGUGUCAUUGGAAGCGUGGUAGAGAGAGAGAGAUAGAGCGACAACGCAUCGCUAUCUCUUCGUUAUUUAGAUUCGUUUUCAUCCACCCGGCCUCAUAUUUCUUAGUCUUUGAGUUAUAUUUUCCGUUUCCUUGUUAUGGCGGCCACUGCAACUGCUGUCUCUGUUGAACCACGAUAUGCACCCGAGGAUCCAACCCUCCCCAAACCAUGGAAAGGUUUAGUUGAUGGGAAGACUGGGUAUCUUUACUUUUGGAAUCCAGAAACUAAUGCCACCCAAUACGAGAGACCUGUGCCUGCUGCUCCCCUGAAUUCAUCAAUAGGGUCUAUUAGUUCUUCGGUUCAAAUUCAAAAGCAAGCCCCAGGCCACUCUUAUUAUAACAAUUUCAAUGAAAACAAUGAUAAGUACGGAAGAAGUGUCCAUGAGGCACCGAAACACGAGGUAGCAAGGAGUGAGACAUUUCAUUCAAAAGGUACCUCAAAUGGAACACCUAGUACUGGGCAUGGAGGAACACAGUUGAAAGUGCAUAGACCAUCAGAUGCAGGAAGUGGUUUAUCUGCUGAGGCUUAUCGUCAACGACAUGAAAUAACUUUUUCGGGAGACAAUGUGCCACUGCCAUUUACAUCAUUUGAAGCCACUGGUUUCCCACCUGAGAUUCUUAGGGAGGUACAUAAUGCAGGGUUCUCUGCUCCAACUCCAAUUCAAGCGCAGUCAUGGCCAAUUGCUCUUCAAAGUAGGGAUAUUGUAGCUAUUGCUAAAACUGGCUCAGGGAAAACUCUUGGGUACUUAAUACCAGGUUUUAUUCAUCUCAAGCGCAUUCGAAAUGAUCCUAAGCUAGGUCCCACUGUUUUGGUGUUGUCGCCAACAAGGGAGCUGGCAACACAGAUUCAAGAUGAAGCUGUGAAAUUUGCGAGGUCAUCCAAAAUCUCAUGUGCGUGUAUAUAUGGAGGAGCACCAAAGGGUCCACAAUUGAGGGAUAUUGACCGUGGAGUAGAUAUUGUCGUUGCAACUCCUGGUCGUUUGAAUGAUAUUCUUGAGAUGAGGAGAAUCAGUCUCCAUCAGGUUUCUUAUCUUGUACUAGACGAGGCUGACCGAAUGCUGGAUAUGGGAUUCGAACCCCAGAUAAGAAAGAUCGUAAAGGAGGUUCCUGCUCGCCGGCAGACCCUAAUGUACACAGCUACUUGGCCAAAAGAAGUCCGAAAAAUUGCGUCAGACUUACUCGUUAAUCCUAUUCAAGUCAAUAUCGGUAAUGUCGAUGAGCUUGUUGCCAACAAGGCAAUCACUCAGCAUAUUGAAGCAUUAGCGCCUUUGGAGAAGCAUAGACGAUUGGAGCAGAUAUUGAGAUCUCAAGAACCAGGAUCUAAAAUAAUAGUUUUCUGUUCUACAAAAAAAAUGUGUGAUCAACUUGCUCGCAACCUUACUCGCCAGUUCGGAGCUGCUGCAAUCCAUGGAGACAAAUCCCAAGGCGAGAGAGAUCACGUUCUCGGUCAAUUUCGCACUGGGAGGACUCCCAUACUCGUUGCUACUGAUGUUGCAGCUCGUGGAUUGGAUAUUAAAGAUAUCAGGGUUGUUAUCAACUAUGACUUCCCGACCGGAGUGGAGGAUUAUGUCCAUAGGAUUGGUCGAACCGGAAGAGCAGGUGCUACUGGUAUUGCUUACACGUUCUUUGGCGAGCAGGACGCUAAGUAUGCUUCAGAUCUGAUUAAAAUUUUGGAGGGAGCUAACCAGCAAGUCCCAUCGCAGCUUCGAGAUAUGGCUUCUCGAAGUUAUGGAAUGGCCAAGUUUAGGCGUUGGGGUUCUGGCUCUGACGGGGGUCGUGGUGGGCGCAAUUUUUCGAGUUCUGGUGGGCGGGGUGGGCGUGGUUCGUCUUUCUUUUCUUCUGCCAAGCCCGAACGAGGUGGUGGUGGCUUUGACUCACGUGAGAGGUCUGAUUUUGGAUACAACCGUGCUCGCAGUCGGAGUCCUCCACGAGGUUUUCACAAUCGUAACAUUCCACCUCGGGGAAAUGAAAAUGGUAGUAAGAACGGUACUGCAAACUGGAGCCGAAGUCGAAGCCGAAGCCGAAGUCCUAACCGUUUCAACCGGGCUCCUGCAGUACGUGAACGUGAACGUGAACGUGAACGGUCUCCAGUGAAGGUGAACGGUGGAGGAUACGAAAAGAGUACUCGGCCAUAUCCUCGAGAAGAAGACGAGGAGGGCAUGAUCCGACAAGAUUGAGUAAGGGCAGGAGUUGUGUUAGUGUGCCUGAAUCCUCUGAUAUUUGAUCAAUCAGGCCUUAUUAUUAUUAUUAUUAUUUUAUUAAUCUUUGAGGAGGGUUGGAGGGGAGUUGUUUUGAAUUCAAAUACAAACAUGUUAUGAACUGUAAUCGGACUUAAAUUGUAUAUGUACUCACACUUACAUUUUAAUUCUAA